AGGUGUCACCGACGCCGAUAAGCGAAACCCGUGGGCGUUUCAUAUACAAGAACAUCUAUGGACGCAGCUGCACGCGCACGCGAUUAUAAAUCUUUCCGACACCCACCGAGCUGCAUAGGGCAUGGCAAGUUCAUGCUUCAGUGAUGUGGACGAAUAUGGUUUCGAACGACCCCAUGACUUUGAUUAUGAAACAUACGAAGAUUUUAUGUCCGAGUACCUCAAGGUGCUCGCAAAAAUGGCCAGAAAAUGGGCAAAAGUUAUUGGCGAGGGAAAGUCCCUCCAGCGAAGCACCACGCUCAAAAGAUAUGUUCGUAAAGGCAUUCCAGGAGAACAUAGAGGCUUGGUAUGGCUUGCUGUGACCGAUGGAGAAAACAUGAAAAAUGCAUCACCAGAUCUUUAUCAAAAGUUACUGAUGUCUCCUUACAAUGCAGAAACCGCUGAGAUUAUUAAAACUGAUCUCCCAAGAACGUUUCCUGACAAUAUUUUUUUUAACAAUACAGAGAAUCAACAGCAUCAAUUAUAUAAUAUUUUGCUGGCUUUCGCUCAUCAAAACAAAACUGUCGGAUAUUGCCAGGGUUUAAAUUACAUAGCGGGUUUACUUUUGAUUGUAACAAAAAAUGAAGAAACAGCAUUUUGGUUACUGAAAGUGCUGAUUGAUAAAAUCCUGCCAGAUUAUUAUACAUGCACGAUGGACGGCCUACUCACCGACAUCGACGUGCUGGCAGAAUUAAUAAGAAUAAAGGUGCCUGAUGUGUAUCAGCAUGUGACAAACGUAGGAUUACCUUGGCCAGUAAUUACAACUAAAUGGUUUGUGUGCUUGUUUGUUGAAGUUUUACCUAUAGAGACCACUCUGCGUAUUUGGGAUUGUCUCUUUUACGAGGGCACAAAGAUUAUCUUCCGUGUCGCAUUGACUCUUAUAAAAAGGAACAAGUCAAAUAUAUUAGCUUGUCAAGAUUUUACAACAUUAGCUGAAUGUUUUAAGGAAAUUACGAAAGACAGUAUUGUUUUGCGAUGUCACGAAUUUAUGCAGAGUAUUUUUAAAGUACCUGGAUCACUGCCUGGGAGCACAAUAACAAAACUAAGAACAAAGAUUAUGCAACAACGUAUGAGACAAAAGCAAGAUAAGCUUGAACGAUAGUAUUAAUGACCGAUUUUUUCCGCAUACACCGAAAUACUCUAGUCUGUUAUUUGUUUGCAUUUUUUGCAAACUGAAUGCAUAUGAAGCUGUAUUAUAUUGUUAUUGCAUAAUUAUUUUAUAUUCUAUUGCUAUACAUGUUUUUUUAGCAAUGUAAUUGCUAUACAUUCACUCAAUUAUUUUAAGUUAAGUUUAUCUUAAUUUAUUAUUGUAUAUACGCUGUAAUAAAGAAAAACAAGUUAUAAAUACUUUACUGAGGAUAUUAACAAUACAAAGUAUUACGAAGUACUAUAAAAGUUACAUUGUGAUAUUUUAUGAGAGUAAUGAUAUGAGAAUAUUGACUAGACGUCUGAGAAAAACAGUUAUCCUUGUAAUAUUUUAUUAUAAUUGACUCUGAAUUUAUACGCAUAUGCACAGCCUCUAUUUAUGCACAAAUUUUCUUGAAAACUUGAUAAUCUGAAUAGUAAAAGUAUUAAAGAGGUUAAUCUUUCUGACAUACUCGGCUUCAAAAAUAAUAUUAUAUAUUAUAGAGUAUAUAAUAUGUAAGAUUAAAUUAUAACUAUGUACAUUAAAAUUUUGUUCUUAAAUACAUUACAGAUGUAUAUUA